AUGGCACUUGGGCUUACAGAGUCUCCUGUUUAUUCCAAUGGCGAUACUUCCGCCAAGGGGUUGAGGCGAACUCCUCUUAAGUACUCCGGUACCCUCGAUCAGUAUAAGUCCUUUGAUGUGACCGCAGUAAUUGGGCGAGAAUUCCCCGAGUUGCAAUUGAGUUCCAUCCUGAACGACAAUGCCAAAGUGCGCGAUCUUGCCAUCACUGUCUCGGAGCGGGGAGUCGUCUUCUUCCGAAACCAGGACCUCGACGUUGAGGCACAGAAGCUUCUGGGCCAAAAACUGGGAGAGCUCACUGGGAAACCAGCCACGUCCAAGCUUCACAAACAUGCACUUUUAAAUAGCAAGAGAGGCAUUGCAGUGGACGAGAAUGGCAAACUUGACGACGAGAUAUCGGUCAUAUCCUCUGAUUUGAACAGGAAGUUACACAGCGACCGGUCCACGCCACAAUCAACCAAGCUGGGCAGUGAAGGCUGGCACUCCGACAUUACCUUCGAGCGGGUUCCGUCAGACUAUGCCAUCCUCAAGAUGACCCUCCUUCCCCCGGACGCGGGAGGAGACACCCUGUGGGCUUCAGGGUAUGAGGCAUAUGAUCGCAUGUCACCAGCCUUGCGGAGAUUGGCCGAGGGCCUUACUGCUACUCAUGAUCAGCCGGCCCUGAAUAACGCUGUCAAUGAAUUUGGGGAGGAGCUGAUUGAAGAAGAACGAGGAGCUCCGGAGAACAAGGGUCGUGACUUCAAAGCAACCCACCCGGUCAUCCGCACUAAUCCAGUCACUGGAUGGAAGGCUCUUUUCGGUGCAGGUUUCCAAAUCCUUCAUGGGGGCAUCGACGGUGUCACGGACCGCGAGAGUGAAAUCCUCAAGGACUACUUCCUCCAGCUGAUCUCUCAGAAUCACGAUCUACAAGUCCGCUUCCGCUGGAACAAGAACGACGUUGCCAUUUGGGACAACCGAUCCGUUUUCCACACUGCAACGAAUGACUACGAAGGCAGAAGACAAGGCAACCGAGUGGUAUCUCUGGGUGAAGUGCCCUAUUACGACCCGCAGUCCGUCUCUCGUCGCCAGGCUCUUGCACGGGCAUACGAGGCUACGGCAGGAAAGGAGUAA